CAACAUCGAACUCCUCCAGGAAGUGAAUUGUCAGAAGUGUCUGUGGUUUCACCUAGAACUAAUCUAGCUAUAUCCGGACAAACUGUUCCACCAAGUAGCCAGUCAUUGAUACAAAUUCCGUUGAACAUAAUAUAGAAAAUCAAUUUUCUUGGAUUAAGGCUUCGCAUUGUUGGAGAUUUCCACCCUUUCUACCCUUCCGCUCCAUUUCACGAUACUGGCCAAAUGGCGGGACUUUAACAGUAACUUUCUGUGCAUUGACAAAACAAGACAGGAAAAUGCAUUACUACCGCUAUGAGAGUGCUGAAGUCAGCUGCUGUUACAAAUACCUUAUGUUCAGCUAUAAUAUUGUAUUUUGGCUGGCAGGGGCUCUCUUCAUUUGUGCUGGAUUUUGGGCCUGGAGUGAAAAGGGAGUGCUGUUGGACCUGACACAGGUGACCAGGCAGCAUGGCUUCGAUCCAGUGUGGGUGGUGCUGUUAGUUGGUACAGUUACCUUCAUCCUGGGUUUUGCAGGCUGUGUCGGGGCACUGAGGGAAAACAUAUGCCUCCUUAAGUUUUUUUCAGGAAUCAUUGUCUUAAUCUUCUUCCUGGAGCUAACAGUGGCAGUGCUUGCAUUUAUGUUCCAAGACUAUGUGAGGGAGUGGGUCAAUGAUUUAUUUCUCCAGAAUGUCAAAGCCUACCGUGAAGACAUAGACCUUCAGAAUCUGAUUGAUUCAUUGCAACGAGUGAACCAUUGCUGUGGUGCCAAGGACCCCAAUGACUGGAAUCUAAAUGUUUACUUCAACUGUAGCCAGGCGAAUAGUCAGCAGAAGAGCAGGGAAAGCUGUGGAGUCCCUUUCUCUUGUUGUGUUAGUGACCCUGCUGAUAAUGUUGUGAACACGCAGUGUGGCUAUGAUGUCAGGUCCUCUGGAACACUGACUAAAUGGGCAGAAACCAUCUACAUUAAGGGUUGCAUUACAGCUCUGGAAGACUGGCUGCCAAGGAAUAUCUACAUUGUAGCUGGAGUCUUUAUGGUCAUUUCUCUGCUACAGAUGGUGGGCAUAUACUUGUCACGGACUUUAAUUGGAGACAUUGAGAAGGUCAAGUUGAGCUAUUAAUGUAUCUAAAGUGGAGAAGAAGGAAGAAAUUAUGGCCAUGGGACUUGUGAAGCUUAAGUUGGAUGCCCUCAUCUUUAAUGUCCCUUUUCCAUGAUUGAUAUCCGAGGGACCACAAAGGAGAUUUUUGGCUUUUGUCUGGGUAUUGUGUUUCCAUGCAUUCAUAUUUUAAGGUAAUCUUGGAUUUUUAGAUUAUUUUACAGAUGAGACAGAUAAUAUCAUGAUUUUGUCCUGCUGACAGCAAGCAUAAAAAAUUCAAAGAUCAAUACAAUUUCACUUUGAAGUGUGUACAUAAUUGUGAGUCAUUUCCAUGAAAUCAUUGUUAUUCCAAAAUCUUUGUUUGCUUGUUUCUUUUUCAUUCAGAUAUCAACACGGGCUCUUAGCUUGUUAUAAUUUUGUGUUUGGAUGUUUAGGCUCCUGUUGAGUAGCACUAUGCAAGUGUUUGUUUAAAAUUAGUGAUCUAGCUAUCUAAAAUGCAUGCAGAAUCCUUGCAAACACCAAACAUAGACUUAUUGGCACUGCUGUAAGCAUGAUAACAUGCAACUGGUGUCUUUUGGUGGUAUAAUCAAAAAUGUCGGGAUGUGAAAGGUUUUCUUUCUUUUUUGCACUGUGCUCCACACAAGAACACAAAACUGCACAGUGCAUAUCCUAGAAGGCUGGUGGGAACAGCACAGGUUGACUGGUAUUUAGCAGACAGGUUUACUCAAAGCAACAAAGACUCGCAAUGCCGGGUUUGAGAAUUAAACCUGGGCCAACCAAUUAAUUGCCAGACGGUGACGUUACUGCUGCUCCACCACAAAGCAGUUGAUCUGUUCUUAACAUGAAACUGAGAGUUUCCUCUCGCAGGUGGACCAUCCCUUUCUUAACAAUUACAGCUUUGUCUUUUCUGAGCUUAAGACAAGAGUAAGAGUAAGAGUUAAGAGUAAGACUUAAGCAAUAUGACACGAGUGGGGGGUGAGGUUGGUAAAGGAUAUCGCCUCAGCCGUACAAUAGGCCAGUCAAUCUAGCCCAAAAAGACAAAAAAUUUGCAACAGAAAUGCUUCAUAGUUUUUAUUGGUCCUAAUACCCUCCUGAAUCAUAUACUAAAAGUCUUCCGCCGAAGAUGGAGUGGAACAUAUUUUUAUUUUAGAUAGGCCAAAGUUCUGCCCAACAUUCUAAGUAAUAGGGAAAAAAAUAAAUUAAUAGCUAUCACUAUGAAACUUCUCCAGUUGAUUAGUGACAUCAAACCAAAUAAAAAAUGUAUUACAAGUG